GUUUGUUUGUUUGUUUUUGACCUAGAGAUAUAAUACCAGUUACCUCUGUGUGGUAAAAAACUAGCAUUUUCCUUUAAAAAAAAAUUUUUUUUGGUUUGGAUACAGGUAUCUGAGCCACUGCGAAACUUUAAACCCGAGGCCGUCUUUCUUCAGCCAUCUCAGUGUGAGGCAUUUUGUUUAUUCUUUGUUUGUCUGUUUGAGACAGGUCUUUCUACAUAAUCCUGGCCUUCUGGAACUGACUCUGUAGACCAGGCUGGUCUUGAACACAGAGAUCCUCCUGUCUCUGCCCCCAAAUGCUGGGAUUGAGGGUGUGCUUCCCCCAAACCCAUCCAAGUACUAGAAUAAUGCUCAAUCAUGCCCAGCUUCAUCAGACGUGGGACAGUGGAGGCAGAGCUAGUCCGACUUUCUUGUCAGCCUCCUUUCCCACGGAGUAACUCCUCACAAGGGAGCACAAAAACCGAAAGACCCGGGCUUCUUUAAGAAGUUGUAUUUCAGCCAGGCGGUGGUAGCACAUGCCUUUAAUCCCAGCACUUGGGAGGCAGAGACAGGCAGAUCUUUGUGAGUUUGAGACCAGCCUGGUCUACAAGAUCUAGUUCUAGGACAGGCUCCAAAGCCACAGAGAAACCCUGUCUCGAAAAACCAAAAAAAAAGAAAAGAAAAAAAAAAGUUGCAUUUCCUUAAAUUCUCUUAAAUCCAUGAGGCCGACGUGGACAACAGGCGCUCUGGUAACUCUCUGUGGUCUCUGUGGGCCUCCUUUACCCACAUUUUCCCCUUGUGCUUAUUUGGGUCUCCCUGUUCAUGUUGCUUUCAUGCCGGAGUCUUGUUUACUGGGUAUCUGAUUUCCUUGCAAAGGUCAAGUUGGAAUUUGGGGCACGGCAGAGUGAAAAACAUUUCUGGCUUCUGAAGAAUUAGGAAUUUGAUUUUUGUUGGCUGAAGACAGUUUGUUUUGUGGCUGGCUGUCAUGAUCAUUGCUACAGCCCAGGACUUGGAGCGGGUCUCCCUUGCCCUGGUGAAGGGCAUGCUUCCUGCCCAGAGAGUAUCUGGUGUGGACCUAGAAGGCUUCUUCAGCCCUAUAAGGACUGAUGACAGGCUGGGGCAGGACACCAUGUGCUGAAGGACAAAUCUGGGAGGGAAGGGCAGCCUUGAAACUAGCCAGAGAAACCUAGUUUCAUCAUGUAGGUCCAGGAGAAUUCCCAAGGCAUUAGGUCAGCAUCUUCUGUUGUCCUUCCUGAGGUCCUCUGGAUGCCUGCCUUGUGCCCGGGGUCUAAGCUGGUCUUGGCAGUGACACAGGCAGCCCGAUCUCCAUUGUGAGGCUGGGUCCCACCAGUGGGCUCUGAACUCAGAAGAGUAAGAAAUGUUUCCCCUGGGCCUGGCCCAGGCAUCCCAGCCCAUGUGGUGGUAAAAUGACUCUCUGGUAGAUGGGGUGUGUGGCAGGUGCAAGGUAGUGGGAGUCUGAGGAGGUUGCCGACUCAGCUCCAACAGCCCUUUCCUGCCCUCAGUGAGCCAUGUUCCCAGACUGUAUUUUGGUUAGUGUGACAGGGCCCCAGAGUCAUCUGGCUUGGGCACAAGCUCUGUCCUUCCCCACCCACAAGAGAGCGCUCCCAUAAAAGGGCUGAGCACUCUGCUCCCUUCGCUGGGCGUGUGGAGAGCAAGGGGGGGGACCAUGGACUUCAUCAGCAUUCAGCAGUUGGUAAGUGGAGAAAGAGCUGAUAGGAAAGUGUUGGAGUUUGGACAUAGAGUUCCCGAUCCUGGAGGCUGGCCUAGGGACUGGAGGCUGGGACCCCAAGAGGCCGUGGCCCGGGAGAAAAUGAAGUUGGAGGAAGAGAAGAAAAAGAAACUGGAAAGAUUUAACAGCUCCAGACUGACUCUGGACAAUAUGAAAGACUUGGAAAACUUGCUUCAAAGACGAAGAGAAAAGCGACUGAGACACAAAGUCCCCCCCAGGGAACCUGAGCCUGUGGUUGAGCCGCAGCCCCAGGUCCCACUGGAGCCAGUGGACCUGGACACGUUCCUGAAGGCAGCAGCCCAGAACCAGGAAGCCCUGAUUGACAAGUACCUGACAGAUGGAGGGGACCCCAAUGCCCAUGACAAGCUCCACCGCACAGCCUUGCACUGGGCCUGUCUGAAGGGCCACAGACAGCUGGUGAACAAGCUGCUGGCGGCAGGGGCUGCUAUAGAGGCACGGGACUUGCUGGACAGGACGCCUGUAUUCUGGGCCUGCCGUGGAGGACACCUGGACAUUCUCAAGCUGCUGCUUAACCAGGGAGCUCAGGUCAAUGCACAGGACAAGAUCUGGAGCACUCCUCUCCAUGUAGCAGUGCGCACGGGCCACACUGACUGCCUGGAGCACCUCAUUGAGUGUGGCGCCCACAUCAAUGCACAGGAUAAGGAAGGGGACACAGCACUCCAUGAGGCUGUGCGCUAUGGGCACCACAAAGCUACGAAGCUGCUGCUGCUCUAUGGAGCCAAGUUGGGCAUGAAGAAUGUGGCCUCCCUGACACCAGUGCAACUGGCACGAGACUGGCAGCGGGGUAUCCGGGAAGCACUACAGGCCCAUGUGGGGCACCCCCGUACCCGGUGCUGAUGACUUUGACCUGUGGGUCACUCCUAACUACCAUUCCACACCCACUUUCCCACCCACCUCUAAGUGGUUCUCUGCUCCAGUCCCAAAUCCACUGGCAUUGCUUCUUUGCCUGAGGCAGCAGGUAGAACAGGCCCCCUGGGUUUCAGUGAGGGAGACUGUGUUCCCUGUCAUAGCUGGAGCAGAACCAUAAGCAAGAAGUGGAUCCAGACAAGGGCCAAGGCCAGAGCAGGAAGUGAACAUACCGGCACUACCCACAGCUGGGUCUAGGCCUCUGUCUACCAAUCCUUAGAUCAGGAGACAGGCCUUGGCCUGUUCUGUAGAGACUAUGUGGCCAGCAGCUGCAGGGUACAAGAGAAGAAACAGGCUACCUAAGUGCCAGGCAUUGGUGCAGCUCGUGCUGUCCUUUAGGUGGAGUUUCUCCAGGGACUCCACUCCUAUCAGCAGCAACCCUGAGAGCAUGUGGAGUAGUUCUAGGCACCUCUCCAGACUCUGGGGGUGGUUCUGGCAGGCUGAGGGGCAUGACAACAGGAUCGCAGCCCCUCGGAUGUCAGUACCUACCAGGUUGCCCCAGAAGCUGGAGACUGGUGGACUGGAACUAGUGUGUACUCUGGGAAACUCCACCUAAAGGGCAGCUCUGCUUGUCUUAUGUGAGGAUAGGGUACCAGGUGCUGGGGAUUGCUUGUGGCCCACUCAACUUUUGGGGCGGCGGCCCGCAGCCCUAGCUUACCUGAGGCUCUAUUGCCCCCUGGUACUGGGGAAAGCACCUGGACUAAGCUCUGUACCCUGCACACUGAGUCGAGUGGGACAGUCACAGACCCAUGCCAACUGGUAGUGUAAUGAGGACUUCACACAGGCACACGCUCCUUCCCCUUCCAGCUGUUUCCAGUUCACUGGUGCACUUGUACUACUGGCAGGGCUGGCCCCUAAUAUGCCAGAAAGUUGACGCUGGGCCCUCCACUGAGGCCACAGGCUGAACAAAGGGCUAAAAGGUGAAGGCUUUGCCUCCCUCACACAGCUCUGAGUUGACGUUCAUUUUGGCAGCCUCUCUGCCCGUUACUAUGUGAAAGACUAGUGCUCCCUCCUAAAGGCACAAACCUUUCUGUGGGCAGGCCCUGCCCUGUUGUGACACAGUGGGCACCUAGACAACCUGUGCCAUGGGCAAGACAGACAUUCAAGACUACUCAAUAUGACGACCCCUCAGAAAUGAGGACACUUACAUGACACACAAAGCUACCUUUUAUACAGGACACUGUUUUCUCAUUAAACUGACUAUCCACCGCAGCCGAGUUGUCUUAUGGGCACCGGGAGGAGGCAGUGCAUUGGGCUACAUGAAAAACCAAACCAAAGGCCUUGUCAUCCUCCACUACAGAGAUCUCAUGCCAGCGGGUAGCACGACAUGUCACCAAAUGCAAGGCAUGCUUUACACAUCAGGGAGCGGGAGGAGAGGGUCCUGGCACUUGGCUCUCAUGUUCUGGACCCACAGUUUUUAAAAGUCCUGAUGUCUGCUGGGUAUGAUGGCACACACCUUUAAUCUUGGCAUUUAGGGGAGGCAGACCUAUCUCUGAGUCCAAGGCCAAUCUGAUCAACAUAUUGAGUUCCAGACCAGCCAGGGUUACACAGUGAGACCUUUUCUGAAAAUCCUAAUGUCUAAUGUUACUAGGUCAGAAGCCCUGGAAGGAGGAUCCAAGUAUUAGUUGAGGACAUGGCUAUCUACAAAUACUAGCAAAUUGUAAGGACGUCUAGGUAGGUGAUGGGUGAUAAAUAUCUACCUUAAUGUAAAUAGUCCAAGAUCUCACGACACAAUAUAAACAAAAAUCUGUUUCUCCCUAAUACCAAUGAACAUCAUGGAUAAAAAAAAAAAAAAACAAACCAAACAUAGUACAACUGUUUUAAGUUUAAACCUUAAAAAAAGUAAACUGCUGAAGCCUACAAAUGAAAAUGUUGACAUAGACAUACCAUGUUCAUGGACUAGAAGGCACAACAUGCAAAGAUGUCAGCUCUUCCCACAUUGACAACAUAAAGGCUUAACACAGGUCUUACCAAAAUCCAAGAAAGAUGUAAACAAGAUUAUCUAAACUUUGUAAGAAAAUGUAUACCCUAAGCAAUUUUGAGCCAUACAUGGUAGCUCCUGCCAGUAAUCCCAGCACUUGGAAGGCCUCAGGAAAAUUGCUUUGUGUUGCAGCUUUAAGGCACACAGCACAGGCAAUACAUUGAGACUAUAUAUGAAAAAACACCCAAAUUCUGAAAAAGAAAAGGUAACCAUGAUGUUCCAUGGUUAUAAAUCUAGCACUUGGUAGGCUGAGGCAGGGGGACUGUGAAGUCAGUUUGGCCCACAGACUGAGAUACCCCCUACCCCUUGGGGGGUGUUGUUAAAAUAGGUUUCUUCUUAAAAUUCAUCCUGUAGACCAGGCUGGCCUUGAACUCAACCACCUGCCUCUGAGUGCUUAAAGGCACACCAUCACACCCAGCCUGGGGGGAAAAAGGGAAAAGUGGGUCCAACUUCAGUGAUCCUGAGUAUAGUGGAUGAUAUAUCCACUCUAAUGUGAUGUGGUAGACAACUCAGAAACAGUCCCCCCCCCCCCCCCACAAAUACACCCAACAGAGGGAGAGAUGCCUUUUCAACAAAAGAACAUCCUUAGGCUAAACAAGGAAUGGGGUGGGGGGAGCCAGAGAAAGCAAGUUUAUGAAUUUGAGGCCAGCCUGAGCCUAUAAAUAACAAAAACCCUAAACACCAAUAACAAAAAACCAGCUGUGGGGGCCAGAGAGGGCUGAGCAGCAAAGAGCACCAGUCCUGGCUGCUCCUCCAAAGGACCGGGGUUCAGUUCUCAGCACCACUAACUCCAGUUCCAGGGAGGAUCCGAUGCCUUUUGGCCUCUGCAGGCACUAAGCAUGUACGUGAUGUACAGACAUGCAGGCAAACCGCUCAUAUUCAUAAAUUACAAAACAGCUGUGACCAAGCCUUAUUUAUGGAGAUAUUAAUUUAAAAUGGAUCACAAGCUUACGUGUAGAACAGGAAUUCAAACUGUUAGGGAAAAAGGUAGACAAUUUCUGAGAUCUAGAACAGCUGGAUAUGCUGAAAGCACAAAAGAAAGUUUGGUAAAAUGAAUUUGACCACAAUUAAAAACCUUUGUUCCAGAUAAGACCGUGCUAUAAGAACACAAUCUCACUGUUAGUAUGCUCUUACUGUGAGCGUACACCUGAGAUGGGCAGCUCAGAGGAGCCUGGGGUUGCUUGGUCCUCUGGGCCAUGUACAUUCUAAGGAGGGAAAACAUGGGAGAGGCUUCUUCACCUCGCAGUCAUCAGGGAGAGGGAGGAAGAGGCCAAGGCCCCAACAGUCCCUUUGAGGGCAUGCCCAGUGACCUCAAAGGGAUUAAGUCUUUAGUGCGCAGGCCUGAGGGGACACUUCAGAUCUAGACUACAGCACUACAGGCUUAAAAUCUCUGCAAACCAAACAUCCAACAAAGGGUUUUAGAAUCUGAAGUUCUCAGACAAAAAAGGUGUGUGGGGGGGGCAAAUGAAUGGGCAAAGAACAGACACGACACCAAAAUGAAAACACGAACAGAGUCAUGUAUAGUGCUGGAUUCCAUCAGGAAAAGCAGACAAGAACCACAGUGGUGCUGGUGGUCACUUAUCUCACUUACCUUAUAGCUGAAGUAAAAACAAUGACCAUCUGGAGGAUUUGAGAAACUGGAUCCUUCCUAUAAUUCAUGUAGGAAUUGAAGGUUGUACACAGCUACAGCCAAAGGCCUGAAAGUUUCUUUUUAAAAGAUAAACAACCUAGCAACUGUACUCCUGGCACUUCCCCAGAGUCAACACCAAUCUGCACACCAAACUCUGUACAUGAAUGUUCAUAGCAGCUUUAUUUAGAGAAGGCCAAACACUGGAAACAACCCAGAUGUCCAAUGACGGGGCAGGACACCAUGGAACACCACUUGGCAAGAAAGGGAACAAACUACAGACACAAUGAGCUGGGUCGAUCCCCAGGGCACUGUGCUGAGUGCCACACACUGCACAGCCCUGAAACAUUCUUGAAACAACAAAAUAACAGAGAUGAGAACAGUCUAAGAAUGGUUGCCAGGGCUUAGGGAUGGGGCUGCUGGCUCUGAGUGGCAGUCCAUGGGGUACCCUGGUAGUGGCAGGACAGUGGGUUAGACUUGGGUCUACACAGGUGCCAGGUACCAUCUGCACCAAUCCAGGCUUUGAGACUACAUUCUAGUUUGUGAGAUAGGACCACUGAGGAAAAGCAGAUAAAGGGUACAUGGACCAUAUCUUUGUAACUCCCUAUGAAUCUGCACGUACUAUACAAUACAGAGUCAGGUAAAUAGGAAAACAAUAGCUCUAAGUGAAUUUUGGCAUCCUACCUUGGAAUCCUGCAACAGAUAAAGGAUAUUACCAAAAAAAAAAAAAAAAAAAAAAAACCAAA